UUACAACAGACACAGACACAGUCGAGCUUAAAUCUUGAGUUUGCUGCACCACAAGAAGCAAAGCAUGGAUUUGAUGGAGCUAUUUUUCAUCUCUCUCGGUGCAGCUGUUGUUGUCUACUAUGGAGUCAAACUGCUGCUUUUCAGUAGGAUGCUUUUUCCAAAGCUGUGGUUUCCACUGCAGAAAACCUUCUUCACCUCUAUGGGCGAGUGGGCAGUGGUGACCGGAGCGUCAGAAGGUGUAGGAAGAGCGUACGCAUUUGCACUGGCUGAGCAAGGAAUGAACGUUGUCAUCAUGAGCAGAACCAAAGCAACACUGGAUCAGGUGGCCAAGGAAAUAGGUGAAACCACAGGGCAGAAGGUCAAAGUGAUCGCGACGGACUUCAUAAACGAAAACGUCUUCGAGGACAUUGAGACUCAGCUUAAGGACCUCAACAUUGGAGUUUUAGUCAACAACGUAGGCAUGCUGCCCAGCUUCAUCCCCUGCAAAUUCUUGGAGUGUGAGGAGCUUGACAAGACAAUUACAAAGGUCAUAAACUGCAAUGUGAAAACCAUGGCCAAGAUGUGCAGAAUUAUCCUCCCAGGCAUGGCGAACAGGGGAAAAGGGUUGAUUGUGAAUAUUUCAUCUGGAAUCGCCUCGAUUCCGUUCCCUCUGUACACCCUGUACUCUGCAUCAAAGGUGUUUGUGGAAAGAUUUUCUCAGUGUUUGCAAGCUGAAUACAAAGACAAAGGGAUCAUUAUACAGGCAGUGGCUCCGUUCGGGAUCUCCACUCGGAUGGCAGGUUACCAACCGACUAACACAGUGACUCUGUCGCCGAAAGAAUUCGUAAAGAGCUCCCUGCAGUACCUCCGAGCUGGAGACAAAACAAAUGGCAGCGUCUGUCACACCCUCCUGGGCUGGUUCCUGCUGACUAUUCCCCUACAGGUUAUCUAUUCCGAGUGCUUGCAAAGCAGCCUGCAAGACUAUAUCCAGAAGAAAACGGCAAAUAUGGCAUCAAUCUCUGCAUCAAGAGCAACUUCUGAGAACCUUGAAAAUAAAUAGGGGGGGGGGGGAAACAAAAGUAACGUGAAGACAUUUGAUUCUAACAUUCCCCGACUGUAAACAAAAUUGUAAUUAUGGAGCUGAUAAAUGUGACGACUUGUUAAGUUCUGUUGUGAUCAUGUACAGUGUGUAUAUGUGUUGUUAUGUGUGCAGAGGUAGGCUACGGUCUGGUUGCAGCUUUUGGAACAUUCUGGGUAAACUACCUUCAGGAAAGCACAUUUAUAAAUUAUAUUCUUUCAUUUUCUGUUCUUGAUUUUUACAGGGAGUGAUACCUCUGUGAUUUUUAAAUUGACUGUAGGCGUGAGUGUGAGUGUUGUCUGUUUGUAUCUGCGAUGAACUGGCAGCCUGUCCGGAGGGUUUCCAACAUGAGCUGGGACUCCGGCUCACAGCGACCCUCUACAGGAUAAAGCGGGUAUAGCUAAUGGAUGGAAUGGAUGGUUGGAUGUCUGUUUUUUUUAUCUUA